AUUCUUAAAUGUCAGUUGUUAAAAACAUGUCUAUCAGGAAGGUGGUUCUAGUAAUAAUACCAGUCAUUUUGGCAACCAACUAUUUCUAUAAUGUAGUUUUGCCAUCUAAUAAAAUCGUUCGCUUCCCGGAAAUAGUACAACAAAAUGGAUACACCAGCGAAGAAUAUGAUGUGGUCACCGAAGAUGGUUAUAUUAUUAACUUGUUCAGAUUAAGAGGGAACAAAUGCAAGCAGCUAAGGAGACCUGUACUCAUCUUACACGGACUUUUUCAAAGUUCUGAUUCCUGGCUCGAUCCCGGCGCCAACUACAGCCUCCCUUACUUGUUAUCUGAUGAGUGCCAUGACGUUUGGGUCGGGAAUUCUAGAGGGAACUACUACGGAAGACGGCAUACCAGCUUGGACCCCGACAACGAUGAUAAGUUUUGGAACUUUUCCGCUGACGAAAUAGGUUACUACGACAUUCCAGCCAUGAUCGACUCAGUUUUGAACAUAACGAAAGCCGCUAAAUUAAAUUACAUCGGAUUUUCACAAGGUGGGGGAUCCUUCUAUAUGUUGUGUUCAGAGAGACCUGAAUAUAACGGCAAAGUCAACGCAAUGGUCGGUCUGGGAACGCCGACCACGUUGCAGUUGUCCAUCGGCCCGAUUCAAACUAUCUUUAAUACGGCUAUGAAAUACGAGAGCCUCUUCUAUAAGCUGGGCAUCUACGAAGUUUUUUCGAGGGACAUGAUGGCUCAUAAACUGAUAAAUGUAAUAUGUGUUUUCAGUGAAACGGUUUGUCAUGCGAUUAUAACGUCUCUCGAUGGAUACAAUCCGGAUUCACAUAACGAACAGGUCUAUCAAAAUAUCAUCAAACACUUUCCGGAUGGCACGUCGUUACGAAACCUGGCGAGGUACGGACAAGCUGGGAGUUCAGAUAGGUUCCAGAGGUAUGACUUUGGGGAAAGCGGAAACAUGGAAAGAUACGGUACACGUGAACCUCCUUCAUAUAACUUUCAAAACGUCAGAGUCCCCGUGUUAUUGGUUCAAGGUAGACGAGACUGGCUAGUGAACAUAACCGAGGUGGAGUCGCUCUCUAAGAAACUGCCCAAUUUGAAAGAGUUAUUUAUUGUGAACGAUCCGAAGUGGAAUCAUUUCGAUAUGGUGUACAGUCAGAAUAUAAAACAGCUCGUGUUUCCCAAAAUCCAUGAAUAUUUAAGCUGAUUCAGAUCCUCGUGAUGCAGGCCAUCUUUCAUUUAUGAAGUUAUUUUGAUGUCUCUAUGUGUAUUCCUUCAAAUAUAAUGAAUACCGAAAUUUAAUAACUAUCAAUAUAUGACAAAUAAUUAUAAUGAAUGGUAAAGAAAAUGUGAAGCUACAAGAACCACAGGAACCGUGGUGUGGAUUUGAUUGAGUCACUGUAAUAAAAUAUCUUUCUAUUAAAAACUCUCCUAAAAAUUUUAAAUAUCGUCACCUAGAAAUUGACCAAAAUUAAUGUGUCUUAUUGUUAAGGGAGUAAGAAUUAUAUUGUUAAAACAUUAAUAUAGAAUAUAAUUUUCUAUGAAUGGUGUUAUGCAAAAGAUGAACAAUUUGUUUUAUUAUUAAUAUUUAAGUGUUACAUAAUCAUUUCUCUCCUGUAAUAGCACAAGAAACUACAAGAGGCUAUAACCUCGCUGACAGUUUUUGUCGCUACAAGGAAGAGAAUACGUCUCCAUUGAUACGUAAUGUUGCAUUACGUUACGUUAAAUAACUCGUCAUUGAGUUCCAGUUACAGAUCAGAGAUACACGAGGAACAGGUUCCGCAUGUGUUACAUUAUAUAUGUGUUACUCACCCGGUUUUAUGCACGACAUGCCGCACGCGCCAUCACAGAGACACUUCUUCUUUUUACUCUUGCAGUCCUCGUCAGAGGAACAUUUGCGGAGACAUUUCUGACCCUGGACAUAACAUAAUUUGUUAACCACAAGUUAUUACUGAAUAAUUUACAUGUGUUUUUUUUUAAAUAAAAAUCUUUAAUGCUACAAGA